UCAGAAAUUGUAACUCAUUUGUAAAUUAACAGCCUUAAGAUCAGUUGAACUAUUCCAUCAAAAUGUCGGUAUCGGAUCUAAUAAGUGCUUUCGAUGCUAUUCCAAAGCUUUCCACGGUUGUCCCCGAAAUUAAUCCAAUUUUUCUGGAUGCACCUGUCUGGUUAACAGAAAACUAUAUACAGGAUGCUUUGCGGAAUUUCUACGAUGAUCAGAAGUUGACGAUUACCGCCUUGGAUGGACGCCCGGCAUUGGGACGGGGUGAAAAUUAUGGCGGAGUUUUAACGCGACUCAAGGCGGAGUUUACGAGGGGUGAUGGCAGAUCGCAGAACGGCUAUUAUAUAAUAAAAACCUCAUUUGAAAGCGAUGAGUUUUCACGAAAAACCAUGGAACCAUACGAUAUAUUCAAUCGGGAAAUGUCCAUUUAUGAACAAAUCCUGCCGAAACUCAACUCGCUGCUUUUAGAAAUAGACGAUGAGGAACAAAUCUUUGCUGAAACAAUGGCCGUCGACUACGAUCGCUCUGCGCUGAUCUUCGAAGAUCUCAAUGUUCGUGGCUUCAUAAUGCCAGAUCGUCUGAAAGGCUUAGAUCUGAAGUUAGCCCGUCUGGUACUUCGCAAGUUGGCCAAGAUGCAUGCAACGUCGGCAGUGCUCAAUGAGCGAGAGUGUGGCACACUGGAGACCUACGAUCGUGGCAUGUUUAACCGACACACUGAUAACUAUGCGCCUUGUUUUCUGGGCAUGAUUGAGGCAGCCAGCAAACGUGUCUCUCAAUGGCCGGGAUAUGAGCAAUAUGCCGAGAAACUGAAAGCACUUAUUCCCGUCUACAUGGAGUUGGGAAAGCGCGUCUUUGAUGUCAGUCCGGGUGUUAAUGUCUUGGCUCACGGAGAUCUCUGGACUAACAAUGUGCUUGUUAAGUACGAUAAAGUCACAGGAGAGGCAGAGGAUGCCAUUAUUAUUGAUUUUCAGUAUGCUGCCUGGGGAUCACCGGCAAUUGAUCUGUUCUACUUUCUAAAUUCCUCACUGCAAUUGGAUUUCCAUUUGCAUCAUCAGGAAGAACUCAUCCAGCACUACUUUGAGAUAUUCUCUGAUACGCUCAGAAAAUUGCGCUAUAAGGCUCGGAUUCCUAGCCUCCACAACUUUCACUUGGAACUGAAACGAAAGUCUUUUUAUGCUAUGCACACCAGCAUAAACAUCUUUGCCAUCCAGCGAAAUGUGGAAACUGAUGAUGCGGAUUUUAAUGCUUUAAUGCAGACCAAUCAACGUGCUAUUAACUUUAAGAAUUGCUGCUAUAACAAUCCAGUUACACAAAGAGUUCUACGAGAACUAUUACCAGUCUAUAACAACGAGGGAUUGCUCGAUACAGAUCAGUAAACUUUUAAGGAUUUGGUCUUUGUGAUAUUUCAAUAUUCCCUGUAUAUAGUUAUCAUAGCUUCUUAGUUAUACCUACAAGUCAUGUAAAUACUUAACCAACUUUAAAUUCAAUUUAUAAUAUUAUAAUAAAUUGUUAUUAUUAUUA